AGAUUUUGCGGCUUGAACUAGGACAUGCCAAGUUUUUAAAGCCCUUUAUUUUACGCUUUUUAAAGUGUUUAAGUGAUAUUGUGAAAUAGUUAUAAAAAACAGUUUUUAAUUUAUUACCGAAAAUUUAGCACUGUAGGUGCAAAAAUAAGCACAUAAAUAGGCACAAAUUCAGUUGAAAGUAGACAUUUGCUCUGUUGAUUAAUUCAAUAUGUCCACACGACCAAGACGCGCUGCAGCCACCAAAAAGCUGGUAAUUGAGCUCUCCGAUUCGGAUGAGGAACUGAGUCUUACGGCGAACGAUGAUUACAGGCCGCCGGAAACGAAGAGCCGCAGAAUAGAUCGGGCUGCAAAUUCGCUGGCAAGCGGACCCAAGCGCCAGCGUUGGCCCACUUCCAAAAAGGCAAAUGCUGAGAAAGCAGCUCCUUCCAAGAGAAAGCGUGCCGGAAAAGACAAGGAGGACGAAAAUGCUUGUCCCAACGAGACCAAUCCGGAGCCGGAGGUCAAUGCACCACCUCCAUCUUUGACCCAACCCAGUUCCACCACUGAAAGAAGCUCCGAAGAACCAGCUCCCAAGAGAAAGCGUGCGAGAAAGGAACAAGUGGACCGAAAUGCGAGUUCCAGCGAGACCAACCCGGAGCCACCUCCAACUAUGACCCAACCAGAUGGGCCUGUGGCCAGCUCUACCACCACUGGUCGGAGCUCCUUUUGGGAGCGCCGCAAGGUGUGGAACAUCCAUGAACUUCUGGCCGAAACGGAAAAUAUCCAACCGCAGGCAGCUCGCAACAUUGUGCAGCUCUUUGAGAACGAAAACACAAUACCUUUCAUAUGCCGCUACCGACGAGAUCUGGUGGAUCACAUUGCACCAGAUCGCCUGCGAGACAUUCGCAACACGUACACGGAGAUCGUGGAUCUGCGCAAGAGGGCCGAGAACAUUGUCAGUCAGUUGGAGCGCGAAAAUGUCCUGAAUACGGACAUUCGGGAGGAGCUGAUGUGCGCCAAGACCAACGAGGAGCUGGAGUUCCUCUACGCCCCCUACAAGCCGGCCAGCAAGGGCACUUUGGCGGAGCGGGCCAAGGCUUUGGGCUUGGAGGAAUACGCCGACCGUUUGCUCUACGGCUCGGCUCCCAGAGUAAACCUCUCCGAAAUCGUGGACCCCGGCAACGAGGCCUUGGCCACGGAAGUACUUGUGAUGAGUGGAAUAUGCAACAUUAUUAUACACAAUAUAAGCAAGAACACAAAUGUUUUGGAGGAGAUUCGCAGAUUACAAAAUGUGCAUCGAGUGUUCCUCAAGUGCAGCAAGGCCAAGGAGUCCAAGUCAUCGAAGGCUAGUACAAGUAAAGCAGGCAGCAGCAAGGGAACCAGCGGCAUCGCAGACAAAAAAUUGGACAGCUCUAAGUUCGAGAACUACUUCAACUUUCAGGGUGAUAUUAAGACCAUAAAGCCUCAUCAAAUGUUGGCCAUCAAUCGUGGGGAGAGUCACAAAUUCCUCACCGUCAAGUUGGAGACAAACGAUUACCUUAAGCGAGAUCUCAUGCGUUUCAUAACUGAUCAGUAUAUGAACGAAGGUCUGCAGUAUCCUCUUAGGAGGGAGGUAUUUACAAAGUCCCUAGACGAGUGCUACGCCAAGAAAUUGCAGCCGCUGAUGUGCAGACAAAUACGCGCGGAUCUGAAGGAGAAGGCGCAAAAGGCAGCCAUCGAUGUGUUUGCCAAGAACCUGAAGCAACUGCUGCUGAUGUCGCCGCUUAAAGGAGAGCGCAUUCUGGGCAUCGAUCCUGGCUACACGAACGGCUGCAAACUGGCGGUCAUAACCGAGACUGCUGAUGUCCUGGACACGGGUGUUAUUUACCCUCAUGGCGCACGGUCCAACAAGCGGGCGGCCGAGCAAAAACUAGUUCAGUUUCUCUCAGAACACAACUGCCAAAUUAUAGCCCUGGGCAAUGGAACUGCCUGCCGGGAAACCGAGCACUGGCUGACUGACAUGUUUCACUCCGGCAUCCUGGACAGCAGAAGCAUUCGCUACAGCAUUGUGAACGAGAAUGGUGCCUCUGUUUACUCAUGCAGCGAUGUGGCUACCAAGGAAUUUCCCAAAAUGGACACCAACGAAAGGAGUGCAGUAUCCAUAGCGCGUCGGCUAAACGAUCCGCUGAGUGAGUAUGUAAAGAUAGAACCGCGACACUUGGGUGUGGGCAUGUACCAGCACGAUGUGUCAGAGAAGAUUCUCACGGAAUCGCUGAAGGAUGUGGUCUCCGAAUGCGUGAGCUAUGUGGGCGUGGACCUCAACACCGCCAGUCUCAGUGUGCUCAAACACAUUGCUGGUCUGUCGGAGAAGAAGGCCGAGAAGAUCAUUGAGUAUCGGACGCAAAAGGGACCCUUUCAGACCCGCAAGGAUCUGCUCUCGGUGCGUACUAUAGGCGAGAAAUCGUUCGUCCAGUGCGCCGGUUUUGUGCGCAUCGAACCUCUUAGCACGGGAGGAAGACUACAGAACCCUUUGGACUGCACCUGGGUGCAUCCCGAGAGCUAUAAAGUGGCGGAAAGUAUUGUGGGAGAAUGUGACCUGAAGCUGACGGACAUUGGCAAGGCUGGCUUUAUCGCUCGCAUCAAGGAGUUUGCCGCUUCCCCAUCUAAGCUCGAUCGCAUAGCCAAGCAGCAUAAACUGCCAAUGGAAAGGUUGGAAUUCCUGUUAGUUGCUCUGCAGCGCGAAUUGCUCCAGGAUUAUCGUGCUGAUUUGGACAAGAGGCCGCUUUUUAAACAGGGCCUAACACGGCUGGAUGAUCUCAGCCUAGGCGAUGUGGUUACGGGUGCCGUGACGAACGUAACACAGUUUGGCGCCUUCGUGGAUGUCGGAGUGGAACGCGAUGGCCUCAUACACAAGAGCCACAUGAACGACAGUGAGCUGAGCAUCGGGGAUCGCAUAGUGGCAUCGGUGGUGAAGGUGGAUCUGCAGCGUCGCCAGUUAGGACUACGGUUGGAGAACAUGCUGGUGGAGACGGACUCGUCUUUUACUUUCAAGAGGGAGGAGGAUUAAAAACAAG